AUGACAGUGGACAUCACGCAAAGGCCCGCCGGGUCUGUGGUCAUUAUCGGUGCUGGGACUCAAGGCAGACGACUUGCAUUCAUGUGGUCGGGAAGAGGCGGCUCUGUUUGUCUCGUUGAUCUACAGAAACAGCAGCUGCAAGACGGUCUGAGCUAUGUGCAUCAGCUUCGUAAUGCAGCAGUGGACCACGACAAAAAUUGGGGAGAGGUCACAGUGUCGCAGCCAGAUUCUUUGAAGUCCACUCUUCAAGACGCAUGGUUGGUUGUCGAAUGCGUACCCGAGAAUUGGGCCUUGAAGCAGAAGGUCAUCACCCAGCUUGAUGAUCUGGCUCCUGCACACACAAUCAUUGCUUCCAACUCUAGCAGUUAUGGAAUCUCCGAGAUUAUUGAGGGGCUAGAUCUGAAGCACAAAAACAGGAUAUUGAGCGCACACUGCUACUGGCCUCCAGAGACAUCAGCUAUCGAGAUUAUGGGGCAUCAGGACACCGAUCCCGCUGCCGUGUCACUGCUGCUAGAGCAAUGUAGAGCACAUGGUUUCUCACCCUUCCAUGUGAAGAAAGACUCUAUUGGUUACAUAUACAACAGAAUUUGGGCUGCUAUCAAGCGUGAAACGCUACUGGCACUCUCCGAGGGCGUAUGUACGCCUCGGGAGAUUGAUGCAAUCUUCAAGGACGUCUUGAAGACACCCAAAGGACCAUGUGAACAGAUGGAUGUUGUCGGUCUCGACGUGGUCUUGGAUAUUGAAAACCACUAUGCAGAAUCUCGGACAGGCAUCCCGGCUGAGCCGAGAGUGUACCUUCAGAACAUGAUCCAGAACGGGCGCUUAGGCGUCAAGAAUGGGGCAGGAUUUUACAAUUACGGCAGUGAGACCUCGGAGACAAGCAACGUGAUGAGCACACCGAAUCUGUGA